UGAGGCACACAAAACAGAGAAAGGCACACAGCGGGAGGACCACAAAACCUUUUGGGAGCAGCAUGUUAAAACCCCAGCAGCACGGUGAGCUCCUGCACGACCCGCCGGUUUUUGGGAAGCCGUGGUACUGGCAGCGCAGCAGCAGCGCCAUGGCGAGCAGCCGCAGCCUGGCGCACGUCAUCCUGGAGAUGCGCGAUGAAAUCAAGAAGCUGGAGGCGGAGAACCGAGAGCUGCGGGGAGACUACGGUCAGCGGUCACUUAGGGCCAUGCCAGGAGAAGCCAGCCCGGUGUUUUCAGCAGCAGAGCAGCGGGCGGGAAUGGAGGAAAACCCGUAUGUAACCCUGAGGCGAAAUGCGUCUUUGCCAGUCCUGGAGGGACCAUAUAAAGAGAAUGGUGUCAUGACUGUACGAAGGUACUCCAUAAGCUCCAGCUUGUCUGGUGUGACCAUGACCGAGGGAAGGACUGACAGGGCACAGCCGAGUGACUCUGGAUGGGGAAGAUUACAGGAAGAGAUCCAGCAGGAGAAUAGCAUCUUUGGUAACUCAGCCAGAGGAGAAGUAGGACAAGUUACCAACAGGCACUCCCUGCAGGAAUAUGUACACAAAAACAGGGCCAAAGUAAAAACUGUCACAUUCCUUCUACCUGUGGAUGAUAUUUACACCAACCGGCCAGCUCUCACCAAACACCAGGAGGAGCCUAAAAUCACUGAGCUGGCUUCCAUCACUGAGACAGAUUCCUGAGAGAAGCAGCACUUUUAAAGACUUAGGAUGUGGCCAUGAUGAGACAAAAAUGCACACAUGAACCGAGCCUCAAAACAGGUUAGCCUUUUCAUUUAGGUCCGUGUUGAUUGGGCUCUUAAUGAGUGAGCCAGCGGACCGAUUUUAUCACACCUGACCACACAAACAGAAGACUCUGGUUACAGGUGUUGUUUUCAUCCGGCCAUCGCCAUCCAGGCCCGGUUAACAGUGAUAAGACACGGGGCCCUCUGCAGCGAGGAUCAGAUAUCUGGACUCCUCUCCCAACCUGGGGUGUCGUUUCAGAGUAAGACACACACCUGCAGGUGACGGCCCUUUUACGGACAGUUGUGGUCACUGACUCAGGCCUCGUGAGCAAUAUCAGACUCAAUAGUUAAUCAUCUUUGUUUCUUUUCACGAUGUAAACUGAAAUGGGUAGUCAAGGGGCCACAUGUGUGUUUCAAUGUGUCCUGUUUCUCAUGUUCCUAAAGAGUGUGUAUAUAGUACACAUUACACACUGUAGUGUCAGCUUUCGUGUAUGGAAGGCUCCCUCUAAAUAUACCAGUGUUUGGCAUAUUAAUAUGAAAAUGUAAUCAAGGUCCCUUAACAGUCAUUAUAAGCUAUUACAUGUGAUAAUAUGCAGUGUUAUGAAUUGUUUGGCAAAAUUUAAGAAGCUCAUUUAUUGUAACCAUUAAAUCUCAAAAUAAAUAUAUCUGAGUAUUUCUGA